AAUAAAGUCACAGUCUCUGUGUGUGUAUAGGAGUCCAGACACCAUCAACCAAAGUUUAACAGAAUCAAUGGGAACCCGCAUGCAGAACAAGAUUUCAAUGGACAUUGCAAUGGACAGCAAUUCGCUCGACUCUCUCUCCUUGCUGAUCUUGUUUGUAGUCAAGAUCAGCUAGCGAAGUCUCCUCUUCCUGCAGGAGUUCAUAAGAUCAGAAAAAGACCUGGAAUUCGAGUUUGGUCCUCCUGCACCUGCAAACUUGGGCAAGUUUUCUCCUGCUGAUGCGAUCAUCCCCAACAGUCAGAUACCACCGCAAGUAUUUUCAACUCAGGCCAUCAACAAACCGCACCACAAACACUCAGCACCAGCUUCUAACAUCAGUAACAAGAGAUGAAUAGGUAAUCAUACUGAUUACAAGAAGGCUUUGGUUGAAGAAAAUCAUAAAGUGAGAAACCAAGCAGAUAGAGAACGCACUGCACAAAGACAAAGCUCGUGGUUUGGUCAGAAGUUACUUCUGUCAUUUGUCUCCCCAUGCACGGAGUGCCAUGCCGUCAAGUCUCCUGUGAAAGCAAAUACCAUGCCCCAACAAAAUGCAAAGUUCCAUUAUAACAUGCCCUAACAAAAUGUCAAGUUCCAUUAACUUAUUAGUGCUAUCCUCUACAAUCUUUUCACAACUGAAUGUCAGUUGAGAUCUAAGACAGCUAGUCUAGUGACAGGCUUCAACAUAAACAGAGAUUCUAGGCUUAGCGAUGGUAAUCAAUGCAUAAUCACACCCUGUGAUGAUUUAUUCAAUGGGAGACUUUCGUAAGUGUGAUUCUUAGAUAUCCAAGCAAUGAUUUCUGCUGAAUUAUCAUUUGAAAUUCUACAGUUAGUGUAGUUGAAUAAAAAUAUCUGACAUGGUUUUGCUUUCUCCAUACCGAAUAAAAUCAGCAAUGCUAGUUGUAAGACUGGAGUUUCUACUCUUAAUUUACAUUUCAUGCCCUUGAUCUGAUGGUUCUUGUUCUCCCACUAUCAUAUCAAAGCAUUGGGAAAAUUUUCAUUCACAAGUAAUGUAUUUCAAAUUAGCAUGCUAAGUUCUAUAAGAGUAGACUUUGCAGUUUACACACUACAACAUAUUACUUCAUAUGGUCUACCAAACCUCAUUCUUGAUAAAAGGAGAGUUCUCAACAUAAAGCACUCUAGAAUUC